CGCACCGACACUUCACUUAGGACGGCUGCUAUGUGUGACAUCUGACCCGUUCGCGAAAGGGGUGUGUUACGCCUCUUACUGGACCGUUUGUUACGUUUAUAUAUUUAUAUAUAUAUAAAUAUAUAUAUAUAUACAUAUAGGGUAUCGUAUUGGCCUUGUAGUCCCGGCAGUGGACGGCUGACCACGAUGAUUUACCUGGAAUCAUUUGGUAAUUUCUUCCCGUCUUUCGAGAAAGAGGAAAUUGAAAAGAUUUUCAAACAACAUCAUUAUGGAAAUGUUGAAAAAAUAUGGGUCACCCCAGGGCUUCUACUUGCUUCCACUGACGGUGACCAAGUGCUGCAUCCAAUCUGUACUCAUUCAGCUGCUUCUUCCUCGUCCAGUGUCCAUUGGUCCCUCCACAUCCAAACAGAAUCGACAGUCCUUGAUGUCUUAAUCAAUGCUAAUCCUUGUAAUCCAGCUUUGGCUACCAUCAUAUAUGUUGUCGAAGAGUCCGGCCACGUCCAGUGCUGGCAACAGAGCAACACCACCUAUGUGUGGAAGAUGGUGUACCGACUCCACCUGGCUAACAGUCAUGUGGAUGUCUUAACGCCAUCCGAUCCCCUCACCUCGUCCGACGUGACCAGCACCCGAGUGACCAGCGCCUGCCUCCUACCCGAACAUCAUCUGUUGUACUGGUGCGAACAACAACAGCGGCAAGGAACCAACCGAAACAGGAAUACCGUCUACAAACUGCAGCUUCCUGGUAGCACCAUUGAAGAUAGCAGUUCCCAGAAGAUGCCAAUAGAGAGACAAACCAUUCUGCAGAACUGUCCGCCCUGUUCCUUGUACAGCCUUAGCUGCAGCAUCCUUAUCAUCCCUGAUGAAAUGAUGAAAUCUGGGGUACCCCUAGGAAUAGUGUUCACCCCUAUGCAGUCCUCUUGUGUCCUGUACUUUGGAAAAACAGCAGUGCACCAUCAGAUCUCAAUGAAGUCAGGAGAGCCACUUAAUUUCAAAGCCAUCUUACUUCAGUACCAAGACGUAGUGAAAAAGACUUUUGGCCAGUUUGCACCAGUUCUGGGCAGUGUGUUUCAACAUGUAAAGCAGGAAUUUAUCAUCAUUCUUCAAAGUGGACAAAUCUUUAUUUGGCGGGAAACUGUUCUAGAAAAUGAAGUUAUUUCCAAAGAACUUUCCAGUUUUUGUGAUGUUUCUUCCGAUACAAAAUGGACCGUAUCACAGGAUUGGUUAUUUGCUACAAACACACAAGAAACAAAGGUCUGGAAUUUGACCAAUGGAGAGUGCCUACAGAGAAUUACACACACAAAUGAGCAGGCAAUGGGUGUGUUCAUGGUGAUGAAGACUCUACAGGUUUCUGGUCUGUUCACUAAUGAAGCUAUUUACCUGUGGCAGCAAGAGCCACCCCCAGUUAUCACUGGGUGUCUACCCCCCAACAACCAUUAUCGCUCGGAAGCGCUGAAUGUUGCCCUCCUGGACCAAGAAAAAUUCCAGACAGAAAGCCUCUCAGCUCAACGUAAACUGAAAGAACUCGAGAAGAAUUGGUCUCAAUUUAAACACCAGAGGGCGCCGACAGACUAUACCAGGCUUACAGAUCCGUUCUUGGAGAGUUACUGGCUUCUGGAAGAUUUCUGGCAGAAUGCCAUUCUGUCCGAGGAAAAGGUUAUAAAUCCGUUUCCUUUCAAUGGAUCCCUGGAAGAGAUUAUCCGCCAGCUGCUGAACCCUUCCAGCAACCUGCCCCCUGAAACUAGACAGGUCCAGCUGAUGAUCUUGGCUAACCAAUACCCUGCCCUUAUCUUGGCCACCUUCAAGACAUUCCUUGACUUUAAUUCAGAUGUCAGUGAGAAGAACCUUCCCGUUUGGCAGUUUGUCCUUAGCCUCGACAACAAUGACCUCAACAGGACAAACAUGAACAGCCAGGUCUUUGAGAUUAUCUGCCAAGUGAUUUUCAAGGAAGAACCACAGAACCUGGUUCCUUUCGUGAUGAAAACAAACAGAGUUUCCGGCAACUUCUACAUGUCACCCUGA